GCAGCAAUAACAUCUUCCACACCUCUAGCGCAGCUCGAGGCUUGCAGGAACUGGAGGAGAUGCAAAAGAGGAAUGCAGCUGGUCUUGCGGAAAGUGGAGUAGACGAGGAAAGUGGAGUUCCCGGAGUUGACGCAGUGUUGAACGUCAGAGAACUUGUCGAGGAAAAUGGUGAAAUAAACGAUAUCAACAAGAAGGAGACCACGAGGACACUUGUGGGCGUGAACGUGGCCACUCUUGAGGGCGUGAAAGCAGAGCAACAGGAGCAACAGGAGAAAGAAAUCCAAAUCCAGCCAGACGGUAGUUCAAACGGAGGAGCCGCACAGAGAAGCCAUGAUAGUACCCGAUCCUACACCACCAGCAGCACACAUCACCUGAACAACGGCAGAGAUGUGCCCUCCUUCUUUCCACCUGGUAAGAACAAUUUUGGACUUGGAGGAAAAAAUAGUCAUGUUGCUCCUACCUCAAUGCAUCUUCAGAACAGUAGUUAUUCAUCUUGUAAAACGUCAAAAGGCAGUCACAGUCACUAUAAUCAGCACAAUAUGAGCAAGAACAACAUAUUCCAUAACAGUACAUCGUCAUCUUCAUCAACAUCCAGUACUACCUCAGCAUACGGAAACGGAUCAGCAUCUUCAAGUGGUCAUUUUCAACACCACUACCACAGAAGAUAUCAACAACAACAUCCUACCCCAGGGACUACAUCGUUCCAUAGUUCUACAACUAACCCUGGAGGUUUUACUCAUCUUCAUGGCACUAGAAGGAUAAAUUACCCAUAUCAUAAUCAUGGUCUUCAUGGAACAAGUGCGUCCUCCUCUUCGACAGCUUCUUCGUCGUAUUUCUUCAACAAGAACCCACAUCAACCCAACAACUAUAUGGUUAGAGGAGGAAACCGUGGUUGGCAGUCGCAUCCCCAUGCGGUUGGCCGUGGUCGGCUUCAAUUCUUUCCGAACAAAGGAGGAGGAGGUGCAAAAAUGAAAAUCAUGAAUUAGAAUCUUCCUAUUCGUGUGGAUCAAACCAUGAACAUCCUCUUUGAAAAAAAUGAAAAUUCAAUGUUGAAGAUUCAGAAGAAUUAUAGAUGACUAUGACGAACAAGAAUGGGAAUCAAAAUGUUGGCUGAAGGCAGCUGUGUAUCUGGAAUAUCUUUCUCUACUCAGCAUGAAUGCGCUUCUAAAUCUUCGAAUCAAUAGGAACGACGGAGGACAACUAAUCUAAGCUUCACUUGUAAUCUGCAAGAUGAAGUUGCAAACUACACCACGCCCUCACUCAUGAGGAAUGUUGCACCUGCGUUUCUUCCUCAGCGUUACCCACCCCCCAACCCCAAUUAACAACAACAAGUAACUAGAAGAAUAGUACGUAAUUCUUCUAGACCUCUAGGUAGUAAUACGUACCAUUGACUCAUUCCAUUACUACUCAUACCAAUUAUCAGCGUUUUCCUUCUAUAGACCUCUAGGUAGUAGUUCUAGUUAGAAGUAGUACAACAACAAGUACCUCGCACAAUCGCCCUCCUACUCACUCCUACCUAGGUACAACAACCAUUCCCGGAUCAGCUGGCACAAGAAGCGCUCAUGGUUCCCCCAGAGUUGGUGAGCCGAAGAUGCGGGUUAUUGUGUGUGAGAACGGCACUAGGGUCAACGUCCAGGCAGAAGGGGAAUACACACUAGAGAAAAUUCCAGGUUAUGAUUCUUUCGUUGAGGAAUCGUGGAGAAAAACUUUGACAUCUGCGAAGAAAGGUGGAG